GACUAUAGAGUGCACUUCCCCAUGAAAUCUGCAACUGAAGAAAAGACCGACCGUCUGAAGCUCGAUCGCCGCAUUGAAGUUCCUAUGCGAAUGGAGUUGAUCUUCUUCUUCUUCCUUCUUCUUUCGAUUUUGAAGUUGCCCGUGAGGGCUACGACUCACUACCAAGACUUGGUUGUGGCUCCAACUCCAUUCACAAGACUUUGUGAGACUAAGGCGAUAUUAACAGUCAAUGGCCAGUUCCCCGGGCCUACUUUAUACGUGAACAAGGGUGACACAUUGGUAAUCAAUGCGUAUAACCAGGCUCCCUAUCCGGUCACCAUCCAUUGGUACCAAUCGAUGACGCUUUUACUUAUUCAAACAUUUCAGUUUCAGGUCUACCUUCUUCUCGUAUGAUAAAAAAGAAACAUUUUUUAAUUAAGAAAAGAAACAUUUUCUUAUUAAAAAAAGACUUUUUUUAUUUAAACUACCUAAAAACCAUUUCAGAUCUACCAACGAUCUUGUGCACUGUGUGUUCGUAGAACUGGUGGAAUUUUGUGAAGUCCUUUUGGUGCUCAUGAUUCUGCGACGUGACGGGAUAUUAUUAUGUUAUUUCUGGUUCAUCGAUUGGCUAGACAAAUGUAUGUUAUUUAACUGUUCAAGCGUUUACUUUAUAUUUGUAGCUCUUAUAAGUAGUACUUUUAGAGAGAUAGAGGCAAAAUCCACGAAAGUUUUUUUUUUUUUUUUUGAAAACAACCCGCGUUUAAAGAAAUAAACAAAAAAUUAUUUUCUCAGUCUAGAAUUUCGAAGGGUAAAUAUCUUCAUAUCCUCUAUUAUUUUACCAUGAUCCUUGCUUUAUAUUUCUAGUUCCAAGUAGUACAUUUAGAAAGAUAUAUAGAGAGAAAGCUUCUUUAUUUUAUCCGAACAAAUUAAAGCUAUUAAUUUUUCUGAACCUAAAAUUUCAAGGAUGCAUCUUCUAAUGUUCUUUUACAAUGAACAGGAACGGGAGAAAGCAGUCCAUUGCAUAUGACUAGUUUCCCAAAUAUAUCUGAAUCUAAAAAGGAAAGAACAGCUUUUAUUCUUAGAGUUUUUAUUAAAAAAAUCAAUGCUAAUGCGCAAUGAAGAGAAGCAUUGGAUUAGUUGACAUCUAGAACAGGUUUCAAUUAGGCGUCGACACAGCUCUGACAGAGGAGAAAUCUCUCAAUCUGAGUGCCGAGAGUUCCUCAUGUAGACCAUAAAGAGUUUUGCAAACGGAAAAGAAGUCUCACUGCAUACAUACACUGCGACAGCACGGACUGAAGCAGCCGAGGAAUCCGUGGUCGGACGGUACGCAGCACAUAACAAUGUGCAGCGUUCAGUCAGGACAGAAUUUCACCUACACUCUGCUCUUCAGCACCGAGGAAGGGACUAUCUGGUAUCAUGCUCACAGCGAGUGGACUCGUGCCACCGUUCAUGGCGCCAUCGUCGUCUACCCCAAGAUCGGAACCACUUACCCGUUUCCAAAACCAGACAAGGAAUUUGUUGUCGUCAUAGCUGAAUGGUGGAAACGCGAUAUGAUGGACAUGUUCAUGGAUUCGAUGGCUUCUGGCUGCGACGUCCCCGAGUCUAACGCUUUCACCUUGAAUGGCCAACCAGGUGACUCUCCAUGCUCAGAUGCAGAAACAAGUCGGUUUCAAGUGGAAGUGGGAAGGACAUACCUUUUCCGGCUAGUCAAUGCCGCCAUGAUCGACAGUCACUUCUUUACUAUAGCAAAUCACACGCUCACAGUCGUUGGUAGAGAUGGCUACUACCUCAAGCCAUUUGAUAGAGAUUUUGUGGUAAUAAAUAUUGGGCAGACAAUGGAUAUUAUUGUGAAAGCUGACCAAUCACAAGGCAAUUACUAUAUGGCUGCCCGUCCUUACGCCAUCGCCAAAGAAGGCCACUUUGAUGGCAAUAUCACGACUGCGAUUGUUGAAUAUGAAGGCUACAACUCCACCAGCAACGCUUCCAUUCCCUUCCCAUUUCUACCGCUUUCAAAUGAUACCACAGCAGCAUUUGACUAUGUUCUGCUUGAAAGAAGCCUGGCAUCACAAGAUCAUCCGGUUGAUGUUCCAAGAGAGAUUGAUUCUAACUUUACCUUUACCUUAUCAGUGAAUAACAACCCAUGUGUUAAUUGCACCUGCAACCCUAGGUUUGCUUCCAGUAUGAACAACAUAUCAUUCAUUGACCCAAGUAUUGACAUACUUGAAGCAUAUUACUAUGGGAUCGGAGGCAUCUAUUCCAGUGAUUUUCCUAGAUUUCCACCCUACUUGUUUAAUUUUACAGAUGAUACUCUGCCAGAGGAACUUGAAGUUUCAAAGCUUGGAACAAAGGUGGUGGUCUUGGAGUAUAACACCACAGUUGAGCUUGUGCUGCAGUCAACGACUUUGGUUGCACCAGCGAGUCACCCUGUUCACCUGCAUGGGCACAGUUUCUAUGUUGUUGGGCGGGGUAAUGGAAACUUUGAUCCUGAAAAGGAUCCAUUGUCCUACAACUUGGUUGACCCUCCAGAAGAAAACACAGUUGGAGUUCCAAGCAAAGGAUGGGUUGCUGUAAGGUUCAGAGCACAAAAUCCAGGUGUUUGGCUACUUCACUGCCACUUGGACAACCACUAUGUUUGGGGAAUGCUAGGAGUUUUUGUGGUCAUGGACGGUCCGACGCCCGAAACGAGCAUGCUGCCUCCACCAACCUACAUGCCGCAAUGUUCUAAUGCAGAGCUCAUCCAAAAGAGGCCACAGGCUCCUGCAGAUCCCGAGAAGCGUAGGCAAAUGUUUAUGCAGAACUAAAGUUGUUUGUGAAAUUAUGGAUUGUUACUCCAUCGACACGACAUCUAGUUGUUCUUCUAAGCCAAUAAGAGCUCCAUUCACAACUUUUCAACAAGCCGAGAAUUCAACACCCA